AGGUGACUGUCAUGGAUUCUGGAAGUCCUCCACUUUCUUCAACCACAAGAGUAGUUAUAAAAGUAUUGGACAUCAACGACCACGACCCUGAGUUUCUCCACCGUAACCUCCUUCGUUGCACGGUACCGCCCACAAAUAUCAGCGCAACGGAAUCUAUAUUGUUUCGGGUUGUCGGCAUGGAUCAAGAUGUGGGUCCAAAUGGAAAGCUUACAUAUAGUCUGGAAUCAGAGAAAGCCAAUGACAUAUUCUUUAUUAAUUCUACGACUGGUGAAGUGACGACAAAGAAACAAUUGAGAGCUGGGGAAGAGUAUGUUUUAAAAGUGAGGGCAACAGACGGUGGUCAACCGCAGCGGACAGCACUGACCAGAGUAGUGAUCAAUGUCCUCGCUACUCCAAUAAUUUCUCCAAAUCCCCCACGCGUGAAGCAUAAAGAGAUGCAUGUGAAAGUCAGUGAAAGUGAAAUGGUAGGCCAUCUGGUGGCGUUGAUUGACGUUGAAGACGUGGACGGGGAUAAGCUGUGGUUUUCUAUUACAGAAAAAUGUAAAAUGACAGUCAAGCUAGAAAUACGCUGUUUCCAAAUGAUGUUACUGGUCACCGUCCACGUAGAAGUCCAGGACUACAAUGAUAAUCCACCACGUUUUAGUCAGUCUACCUAUCGGACAUCGGUGCCCGAAAACGUCGCGGUUCGAACUAAGGUAAUCCAGUUAACAGCUUCAGACUUGGACCAAGACAAGAGACUGUUUUAUUCACUGUACAACAGCGCGGCUAUUUCCAGUCUUCCAAUGUUCCACGUGGACGAAGUCACCGGUGUGUUGUCUGUUAAAGAGGAGCUUGACCACGAACUCGCCCACCAGCAUCGCCUUACGGUCCUCGUGACAGAUAACGGAACUCCUGCAAAAAGAGACUUUGCUAGAGUAAUCAUUGAUGUAGAAGAUCACAACGACCAUACCCCCGAGUUUUUACAACCUUUGUUCCAAGGGCAAGUGUUUGAGACUGCAGCAAUUGGGACAUCUGUUGUUCGGGUGUUGGCGUUCGACAGAGACAAAGGUCGAAAUGGACAACUUUCUUAUUCAUUAGUAUCAGGUAACAUUGGAAAUGCUUUUAAGGUAGAUCCGAGACUUGGAACAGUGUUGGUAGCAAAAGAAUUAAAUCAUCGGACAAUGUCGGAAUACUUUCUGGCAGUGAAAGUUUCUGAUAACGGAAACCCCUCUCUGAGUAAAAUGGUUCACGCCAGAGUGGUUGUUACUUUAGCCGAUAAUGCUGCACCCAGGUUUUCCAAGGGGGAUACGUCAGAAGAAAUUUACGAAAAUGUUGAAAUUGGAACAGUUGUGAUUACGGUGGCAGCUGUGAGUCGUUCAUCAGUUUACUACAAAAUUAUAACCGGAAACGAAGAGAAACGUUUCGGUGUAAAUCCUCAUUCCGGGGUAAUUUUCACGAUGGCGGAGUUAGACUACGAGAAAAACAGCUUUUAUAACUUAACAAUUCAAGCUACUAAUCUCGCUGGCAAAAAUUCAUGCAGUACCGUUAUCAUUCACGUAUUGGAUUACAAUGACAACCGGCCAAGGUUUUUAGAAUCGGAUUAUUAUGGAGAAGUAAGCGAGGCCGCAGAAAUUGGUGCCUUAGUUUUUGCAAAAUACGCCACUCCCCUGGUGGUCAAGGCUGAAGACGUGGACUCCGACAUCAAUGGCUAUUUGCACUAUGAAAUUGUAGAGAUAUUAGCCAGAGAUUAUUUUAACAUUGACUUUAGCACAGGAGCUAUUAGCGUAGCACGGCAGCUGGACCACGAGAAAAUGGCAGAAUUUCACUUCCAAGUUCAGGUCUUUGAUACAGGGAAUCCAAGGCUUGGGGCUGAAACCACAGCUCGUGUCCACAUUCACGUGAUUGAUACGAACGAUUCUCCCCCUCAGUUCGAACUCAGUCGGUAUGACGCCACCAUUUUUUUACCGACCUAUAGAAACGUUAUGGUUAUUCAAGUAAAAGCUCGCGAUAUGGACUCGAGAAUGAAUAGCGUGCUAAAGUAUAAAAUUGUAUCAGGGAACACUGCAAGUAAAUUUGUUGUUAACGAGACUUCAGGUCAGAUAUUUAUAGAAAGCCCACGUGCCUUACAAAGUAGCUAUUCUUUAAUUGUAUCCGCUAGUGACGGCAUAUUCGAAGCUAGCACCAAAGUGGUAAUCCGAGUUCGAAAGACUGAUAGAAAUGGACUUAGAUUUGAUAAAGAAAGAUACGUGAGCGAAAUCCAAGAAAAUUCUACCGAAAUUACAACGGUUGCGGUAAUUACAGUUUUAGGAGUUGACUUAAACGAACAUCUGACAUUUAGUGUUCUCAAUCCAUCCGAAAAGUUUACCAUUGGCCCAACUUCGGGGGUCCUUCGAACAACUGGACGACGUUUAGACCGUGAAAUCCAAGACAUCUAUAUUUUAGUGGUGGAGGUCAAAGGUGAAGCCACUGGUGAACUUCGGGUCGCUCACGUGCUUGUUGAAGUUACAGUGAUUGAUAUAAAUGACAACGCCCCCGUCUUCGUCAACUUGCCAUACUAUGCUGUUGUAUUGAUAGAAGCUCAACCGGGCGAUAUGAUCUACAAGGUUCAAGCAGUUGAUAAAGAUUUAGGGCUAAACAAAUUCAUAACCUACAAGCUCGAGCGAGAGAGAAGUAAUACAGACAUAUUUGCCGUCGACAGUAGGCUAGGCGACGUUCGUCUUCAACGUUCAAUCAUGACGGAUAUAAAGGAAUAUAGCUUGGUAAUAACUGGCGUCGAUGGAGGUAAUCCGCCUCUUAGCAGCGAGGCCACAGUGUAUAUUAAAGUGAUACAUCAAGACAUGCCCACCUUCCCUCAGCAGUUUUAUAGUGUGACGGUCCUAGAAAGUGCACGGUGUAAUGCACCGGUUUUGUCUCUCGGUGCAGAAAGUCCACAUGGUCACCAAAUUUUUUAUAGCAUUGUAGGAGGAAACGAAGAGAACCUCUUUGACGUGGAUUUUCAAAAUGGAGUCAUUUACGUUGGCGAUGAGUUGGAUUAUGAAAAAACCACAGAACACCACCUGACAGUAAGGGCCACAGAUUCUACAACUGGAGCUUAUUUCCAAGUUCUAGUGAAUAUUAUUGUUGAAGAUGUCAACGAUAACCCACCUUCUUUUACCCAGGAUGUUUACAACGUGACCAUUUCGGAGGCGACACCUUUUGGGACUACUAUUCUACGGGUUGAAGCAAGAGAUCGUGAUAAGAAUGCUAGCCAAGCGCUUCGGUACAGCGUUCUUGGGACAGCAAGUGCUUAUUUCCACGUCGAUUCCAUCGAAGGAAAUAUUAUCAUUAAACACUCCCUUGACCACGAGGUGCAAUCGGUUCAUCAUUUCGUCGUCAUGGCAACAGAUAAUGGAUCACCAUCUCUGAGUACCACGGCGGAUGUUUGGGUUACCGUGAAAGACCUCAACGACAACCCGCCUCAGUUUGGACACUCGGACUACGUGUGUGAAGUAAUCGAGCUGGCAAAAAGAGGUCACUUUGUAUCAAUGGUCGAGGCCUCGGACUUGGAUGCUACUGACCAGUUGAAUCUCCUUUUUUCAAUUGUUGGUGGCAAUGAGCUCCAGUUCUUUCACAUUCACCAGAAAUCAGGAAUCAUCACUGUUGCUAGUCCACGACAAUUUGUGAAACAGUCGUUUUACAGAUUGAAUGUAUCAGUUACCGACGGUGUUUACUGCAGCUACGCUACUGUUUCCGUUACCGUACGCAGUGCCAACCAGUACGCACCGGUGUUCGACAGAAACAAGUACGAUGUGAUACUCAGAGAAGACGUGGCGCCGGGAACUUUAGUAACCACGGUUUCGGCGACAGACUUGGAUACGGGUAUCUACAGUCAAGUCGAAUUCGCUAUUCCCAGUGAGAGAAGUCUGAACUAUUUUUUAAUGGAUCAGAAAACAGGACAGCUCUAUACAAAGAGGAGCCUUAACAGAGAAAGGGCCCAUUUAUUCGAGAUUCCCGUAAAAGCAUCUGAUGGUGGAAGUCGAAUAAAUUACUCUCUUGUAAGAGUCACGAUCAGUGACGUCAACGACAACUCGCCCGAAUUCUCUGCCGCUCAGUACGACCUCACAGUUCCUACGAAUAUAACAAUUGGAAGUAGCGUGCUUAAGGUCCAUGCCUUUGACCCUGAUGAUACCCCCGGUAGUAUCCUGGAAUACAGCAUUUAUGGGGACCAAAAUGCUCUCUUUCACACGUUAUUUGGUAUCAAUUCAGAUCAAGGGGUUCUCUAUGUAAAAUCCUCACUUGUUGGGCAAGAAAACAAUGUAUAUCAGUUUUUUGUGAGGGUAGAAGAUAAAGGAACCCCUCCCCAAGAAGCAGAGGUUCCCAUAACUCUCCGGAUUGGUGCACCAGAAGUUUUAGUGCCCCAUUUUGAACAGCAUCAUUAUACAUUCUUUGUCUCGGAAGCUGCAGAAAUAGGCACCAUAGUUUCCACUCUUAAUGCCAGUGCCCCUUGGCCUCUCACGUAUUUCUUUGCACCAGUGAAAGAGGGUUCCACUGCUCAGUUCUUUCAAUCCAAAUUUACUCUUACUGAACAAGGCCAGAUUUCGUUGGCGUCCCGGCUUGAUAGGGAAGAAGUGGACACUUAUCAUUUAACAGUAGCAGUUAACGUGCACGGUAACCCUCUUCUAGUGUCUUACACUAACAUUGAAUUAGUGGUUUUUGAUCAAAAUGAUAACAGUCCGGAGUUUGAUUCCAAUCCGUAUUUGAUCAAAAUAGCUGAAAACGUAGAAGUAGGGUGCUCUGUGCUUAAAGUGGUCGCUCGUGACGCAGACCUGGGUCAAAACUCUGACGUUACUUACUCAUUAGGGUUAGACGAGGUUAAGGUUACUGGGGUCUUCAGCCUGGAUGCCAACACCGGUUGGCUAACAACAAUGGUUCCGUUGGAUUACGAAACCGAUUCGAGCUACAACUUUACUGUAAUAGCUCGCGACGGUGGAUUCCCACCGCUUUCUUCCACCGUCGUGGUGAUUGUAAAUAUUCAAGACUACAAUGACAACCCAGUUACCUUCAACCGAUCAUUCUACGAGGCUGCUGUCUAUGAAGAUGCUCUUGCUGGAACGGAUAUAAUUGUCUUGGAAGUCAACGAUCGAGACAGUGACGAAGUGAAGAACAGUUUAGAGUUUUAUAUUACCAAAGGAAACCUUAAAGAUUCCUUUCGGGUCCAAAAAACUGGAGAGUUGUACAUCAACACACCUCUCGAUCGAGAACAGAUUUCACACUACGAUCUGGAGAUCACCGUAACGGAUGGCAAGUUUACCUCAACAACCUUUGUAUCUCUUGGUGUUCUAGAUGCCAACGAUAACCCAACUGUGUUCCUCAAGUCAAAGUACAGAGUCACUCUGCCCGAGAACACGCCGACCCAUAGCUCUGUAUUACAGCUUGGAACUAUUGAUGCAGAUACUAAAAGAAACUCUCAUGGGCUGUAUUUUCUGACAGGGAAAGGUGCUGAGGACUUCGUAAUCGACCCGUCGACUGCUGUGCUAAAGCCAGUUCGCCCGCUGGACAGGGAAAAGCUUGCCCAGUACUCCUUAAAAGCCCAUGUUCAGGAUAACGAAGACCCACAACGGGAGAGUACUUGUAACAUUGAAAUAACGAUGAGCGACAUCAACGAUAAUGCACCUUGCUUCACUGCCCAAACCUAUUCUGUCAGAGUACCAGAAGACGCCAAAGUUGGAAUACUCAUCACAAAAGUUCAUGCUGUUGAUAAAGAUCAAGGUCCAAACCGAAAAGUCUUCUACGAUCUCGUUUAUUCGGCUGAAGAAACGUUUUCGAUUGACAGAAAAAUUGGUAUUAUCAGUUUGAACAAAAAAUUGGACCGGGAAAGAGUGAGUUUUUACAACUUAACCGUAAAAGCAACGGACCACGGCUUUCCUCAGCUUUCCUCCCUUGCUGUUGUCCAUGUUCAAGUGCAAGAUAUAAACGACAAUCCGCCACUGUUUACGCAGAGACAUUAUCGGGCCUCGGUGUCAGAAGAAGUGGAAAUUGGUGGAAAAGUAAUUCAAGUCCUAGCCACGAGCAUCGACGUUGGGAGCAACGCAGAAAUAUCGUACUCUAUAUACAAUGGCAACGAUCUUGGUUAUUUCACAAUGCACGCUAACUCAGGUGUUAUCACUGUGAUGAAGCAACUAGAUUAUGAAGAUAUCCAGAACUACUUCUUAACUAUUGAAGCAAAAGAUGGUGGGACACCAUCCCUCACAACACAUGCAACUGUCAACAUUUCUGUGUUGGAUGCCAAUGACAACACCCCUGUCUUCAGUCAGGCUUCAUACCAAACCAUUGUUCGGGAAGAUGCCUCAGUGGGAUACAGAAUAAUCCAGGUAAAAGCUAGCGAUAUAGACAGCACUCCCAAUGCCCAGCUGUCCUACUUCAUUAUCCAAGGGGAUAGGUAUGGUCACUUUUCUGUGGAUAGGGAGAAAGGUUACAUAAAAAUAGCCGCACCUCUUGACCGGGAAAAGGUAACCAAGUACUUAUUGGAGGUAGAAUGUCGUGACAGCGGAACUCCAUAUCUCUUCUCCAGAGUCUUUGUGAAUGUUGAGUUAUCUGAUGUGAACGAUAACCCACCCGUGUUUUCACAAACCAACUAUGUAACUAUUAUACAGGAAGACAAAAAACCGGGAUUUCCGGUUGUACGUUUUACUGUCACUGAUGAAGAUACUGCUCCAAACACUGGGCCUUUCCUGUUCAGCAUUAUCUCUGGGAACGAGGAUGACUCCUUCCGUAUAAUACCACAAGAUGGCGUAUUGGAAACUGCAAAAAAGUUUAAUUACCAGUACCGCAGCAACUACACUCUGUGUAUCCAGGUUACUGAUGCUGGACUUCCUCCUCUGAGCAGCUUAGCAUGGAUCACUGUCCAUAUUGUCGAAGAAAGUCGAUUUGCCCCGAAGAUAAUGCCACGUGACAUCACAAUUACAUCAUAUAAAGGUGGAUUUUCUGGUGGAAUUCUGGGCCGUAUUCGAGCAACGGAUGAAGACCCUUACGAUACAUUAAGUUUCGAUAUUGUGUCUCCGCAUAAACAUCUCUUUCAGAUUAACCACGAAGACGGAACUUUAUCGGUAACAUCAGGAUUGGAUCCCGGUGACUACCCCAUCAAUAUAAGUGUGACUGACGACAGGUUUACUACAAUUAAAGCUAUUACCAUCAAAGUUAUUGCACUGACAGAAGACUCUAUUAAACAUUGCGUUGGAGUUCGAGUAGCUAACGUUAGUCCUACAUUCUUUGUCCGUCACUACAAAAAAAGUGUUCUCGGUUUUUUCAGAAACAUUUUUAAUGUUCCACUGAAGAGUGUUCAGGUUAUCAGCAUACAACCAGCGGUAACCAACGUUACCAGAACUCCUAGAGAGACGCAGACACACCAAAACACAGAAAUUUUGUUUCUCAUAAGAAAAGAACCUGCAGGUUUCUAUCCCCCUAAAUUAAUCAGCAAUGAGCUGAAAGAAAAGGUGAAAUCAUUUCAAAUCAACGUAGGUUUGGAAAUUUUAGAGAUCAUGGACAACCGAUGUUUUCCAGGAACUUGCGAACAUGGAAUAUGUGAUGAUAAGAUAGUUAUUAAUGAAAACGAGGUUGAGUUAAUCAACACCGACACCCAGAGCUUUGUGUCGCAUCACUUUCACCGUAUGCUUAGCUGUCACUGUGAAUCAGGCUAUGGAGGUCCACAGUGUGAACAGGAAAUUAAUGCGUGUGCACGAGGACCCUGUCCAGCCAAUAGAAUCUGCGUUCCAGAAGCUUCAAUUCUUGGAUAUGCCUGCCAGUGCCCAGAAAGGAAAAUAGGAUUGAUGUGUGAUCGGGAAAAAGCUCUGUGCAACAGUUCUGCCUGCUAUGAAGAAAAGAACCCCAUUUCAUUUGGAGGGAGAAGCUUUGCACAAUACAACUUGAACGGACCUGUGGACCAUCACUUCUCUGUUUUCCUGCACAUCAGGACUGUGCAAGAAACUGGAAAUCUGAUGUUCGCUGCUGGAAGAAAAGAUUACAGUAUUUUAGAGAUUAUAAAUGGAGCGGUCCAGUACCGAGUAGACUUUGGCAGUGGAGAAGGAAUUGUUCGUGUAGAGGGUGUUAAACUGAAUGAUGGCGCUUGGCACGAAGUCAGCGUGGAGCGGAGAGGAAGCACAGCAACCAUUACCAUAGACGGGGAGGUAGAAGAAACUGGAGCCGCACCUGGCGUUCACGACCUUCUAAACCUGGACGGAAACGACGUAUAUUUCGGGGCUGAAGUGAGGUCACUGAGAUAUGAAGAUAUAAGGAUGGGAUUUAUAGGCUGUAUAGAUAAUAUCCACAUUAACGGAGUCAAACUGCCUUUACAUAUCACCAGCACCAAUAUUGUUGCCACUCUUCGCAAAUUUGUCAACGUGGAAUUCCAUUGUAGGGAAUUAAUCGAUCCUGGAAUAUGCGGUACACAACCUUGCCAGCACGGGGGCACCUGCCGAAAGAAUGAUCAUUCCUACACUUGUCAAUGCCUGCCUCGUUUUAUGGGUUCUAAUUGUGAAGUGGAUACAGACCCGUGUGCUUCAAACCCUUGUCUAUAUGGAGGUACAUGUCGUAACAACACUAACAGUUAUAAAUGUCAAUGUCUUCCAGGCCACAGUGGAACCAGGUGUGAGUAUGGACAUUUCUGCAACCCCAAUCCUUGUCAGAACAGGGGCAUUUGCGAAGAGGGAGCUUAUGGACCGGUAUGCAAGUGUCGGGGUUUCCAUGGUGAUCGAUGUCAGUUCGACCUUGAUGAAUGUCAGACUGAACCUUGCGGGGCCGGGGCAACUUGUGUCAACUUCCAUGGGUCGUUUCAGUGCAAAUGUCAGCCGAACGUGACGGGCCAUCUUUGCACAGAACCCCUUUACACAACAUCAAUUACCUCCACAAGCAUGAACACUACGUUUGAAGAAAUUGCUGGGAUCGUGGUGCUUGUGUUGUUUCUUCUCGUUGUAUCAGUCGGGUUGGCAUGCUGCUGUAAACGUUAUCAUCGUAAGUGUCGCAGAAGACAGGGGAACAAUAACUUACAGGAAGAUUCCACCACAGCAGAACUGAUGGUGAAAAAUUCGAUGUUACAUCGAGAUAGUCAUAAAGAUAUAAACAAGCUAAGCCAUCUAGAAGAUACCUCUUUCACCCUGCCGGCAGUACCUCCUAGGCCCAAGGUUUAUACCCCUACCAUGCAAGAACCAUUCAAUAACCUGGACACGGUCAGAUCUUAUGAACGAGUAUCAAAAGACCUAGAAACCUUUCCUCGAUAUACCACAGCCUUUCCACGGAUCGGUAGAGUGGUCCAGACAGCUCGUAACCUACCCUCGGUUCCCACCUUGGCAUCCUCAGACAGGUCUUCAGUUUGUAGCAACACUUAUGCAAAAGAAGAGCUAGAAGAAAAAGUUCAGAAUGAUGACCAGGGGGAGACAGAAGAACACGAACCCCCACAAGGUUAUCAACUGGAAAGGUCCUACUCUGAACUGGCAACAAACCCUCGUCUAUGUACAUCCUUAGCUUCUCAACCCGAUAACAUUUGUCAGGGUCCUGACAGGAAGGCUCAGCUAGUUCCUACUGAUGAUAAACCUUAUGAUCACGGCUAUGAAAAAUUAAAAUGUGAUAAGUGUGCGGAUAAACAGAGAAAUAGAUCUCUCCAGUCGUGCCAGAACAUGAGUAAAACACACGAGAGCAGACACUGUACUGUGGCGCCCUCUUUAGCUUGUGAUAACGAAGAUUGCGAGGAACAUUUUAACCAUCUGUCCGGUUCGUGCUCUAAAGAAACACCUAUUGAUCUUUCAGACGAUGAUGUUGUUUCGUACGGAUUUCCACCGCAAGGGGGCCGGGGGUUCAUGGUUGGAUUCGCUCAAAGUCUUGGUGAUCCUCAUCUUUCCGAAACCUGUAAUCAUGCUAAUAAUGUUCGAAAGGUCGGAAAAUACCCUUCACCCGAGGAAGUCCCUGAAAGGUUUAGUGAAAACGAUGAAAGGCAACUAUCUGUAUUGGCUAUUGUAUGAAAGAAAAAGCAAACACUGAUUUAUAAGAGUCUGCCUUAACAAGUAAUGUCAGUAUUCUGUCUACAGAAACACAUUAUAUAUAUAUAUAUAUAUUUAGUUAAUUCCUACAAAUCCAACUUGUAUUUCAAUUAUCAAGUAUAAGCUCGAAGUGUUCGUAAAUGCAGAAAAUGUACAAAAAAUUUAUAAGAAUAAGUGGUGCUCAUAUCAGUUUCGUCUUUUUUUUAGACUCUAUUUUUGAUCAACUUAGAUAAAUAACUGAUCAAGAAACACUAUCGUCCCUAAAAUACUAUCGUCCCUAAAACACUAUCGUCCCUAAAAUACUAUCGUCCCUAAAACACUAUCGUCCCUAAAAUACUAUCGUCUCUAAAACACUAUCGUCUCUAAAACACUAUCGUCCCUAAAAUACUAUCGUCUCUAAAACACU